GUGUGAUUUAGACCCCACUUGAGCUACAUUUUCUCGGGAACGAAGUACUAUAUAUCCAUGCCCAUCUCGGCAUCUGAGACAGCACCACUGCACGCGGCAGAUCGGGAUCUGCAGACGACGGAUAGAGCCUUGACCUCCCUCUCUGAGUAACACCGCGAGGCGGGCUUGUAGAUUUGUACCCUCAUUCGCUUUGGUACAGCGACGAAGGAUGUAUAAAGCCUUUGAAUCUCUUUCGCUUUUAGAGGGACCAUUAAAUAUCAAAACCCGCCUUACAUACUCAAAUACUACAGUACGAUACAUACAGAAUGCUCCCCCAAACCCUCCUCCUCACCCUCCUCCCUCUCACCCUCGCCCUCCCCACCUCUCAAGAAGCUCGCGCCUGCACUGGGCCAACCGUCAAUGCCGCGACCGUGUCCCUGAUCAAAGAAUUCGAAGGCUUCGUCGCCUCCCCCGCUUCCGACCCCAUCGGGCUGCCGACAGUAGGCUAUGGGCACCAGUGCACGACUUCCGACUGCUCGGAGGUGCCGUACUCGUUUCCGCUAUCAGAGAGCACAGCGACGAGUUUGCUGAUGAGUGACUUGGUGUCCCCCCAACAAGCCAUAACCCUCGACACCGCCGCCGCCGUCACGCUCAACGCAAACGAGUACGGCGCGCUGGUGUCCUGGGCGUACAACGUCGGCAACGGCAACGUCGCGUCCUCAACGCUGCUUUCGCGCCUCAACGCGGGCGAGGACGCACUCACGGUCAUCGAGCAGGAGCUGCCGAAGUGGGACCAGGCGGGCGGCGAGACGCUGCCAGGGCUGACGAGGCGCAGGGCGGCUGAGGUGGCGCUGGCGCAGACGGCGACGGGCGUGGGGGCGAUUCCGGCGUGUUAA